AUUUGGAAACUGGUCAGUUGGAUGCAGCAUUUGNAGAAGCAAAGAAAGCUGUGGAAGNAAAUGAAAAGGAUACUUUGGCCUGGAUUCACUUGGCUAAUUUGUACGNAGAAAAAGGAGAUCUUGNAGAGUCUUNGAUUGCACUCAACUCGGCAAUUAUGGAGCCACCCACGUNAGACCCAUUUUNGAGAGAAUUGUUACCUGCAAGAAAGCGAANGACAAAGCCUUUGCCCAAUACUUCUGGUGGCACAGACAUUAUUCGAGUAUUGGCGAAGCGACUACACGAAGAAAGAAUCGGCCCUGCGACUGGAGUUGAUGAGUCACUUGCUGAACUGUCAGCAACGCNAANGACAGAUCCUGAAAAGCAAGCUUACCAAGUAUUGGNAAAGGCAUNGAAUAAGUUUGGCUGGGAUGAAAUAUNGAAUGCUCGUUCAGAUGCGUUUAUCAUGGAAGCGGAUAUUUCACAUCUUCCUGAAGGACAAGAAUCGUCAACUGAACAAAUACAUGAAACUGAUGUCGGGAAGAUGCAAGAAGCUGCUUCAUCUUCUCAAGAAAAUGCUGAGUCUUCUUCAGAUACAGCUGGAACUAAAAUUUCGAAAGGUCAACCUUCGCCUGGAAAAGACUUUACUUUAUCCGCCGAGACAAAUGGAACAGAUGGUCAGACAAAGAACGUUGCAACCGAAGAUAAUCAAGUUCAAGGAAAUGAUUCAUCCAGUGNAAAAGAAGAUAAAGUCAGAGAAGUCGGUGGAAGUAGCGAACAGCGCAUUUNGAAGAACAAACACGCAUCCCUGGAAGUUUAUUCAUCGAAAGGGCAUAAAAAGAAAAUGUGUACUCCUUGGUNAGAUUUCCUCGNGAAUAAUAUGUACGAAGACCNAAGAGCUUNAGCUAUUUGGCAAGCGGAAGAUGAACAAAUGGCUCAAAAUUUGCGCAGCACAAGUGGGACGUCUACAUCCCAUACGAGUUCCCAGCCUAAUCAAGCUUCUUCAUCUGGUACAAACAGUCAGAAUGAAACGCAAGCUUCGCAAAUGCAAAAUGACGCUUCAUAUAUCGCUCAAUCAUNAGAUGCCGACCAAAUUGCAAAACAAACUAAAAGGCCACCCGUUGAUUGGUUGCGACGUGGUGAACUUGCUCGUCGCAUUCAGCGAUCCAGCGAUGCAGAAAGAGCUUUCCGUANAGCUAUUAUCCUUUCUUCCAAGAACUCUGGUGCUGAGAAGUCAGCGACUGUCAGUCCCUGGUUGUCUUUGUUGGAGAUGUAUGCUGAAGACGGAUUUGCUUCUGAGGCAUNAGNAGCAGCCGAUGCGGUUUGGAAUUUUAUGGACUCUCAUGCAGAUCGCAUUUCUACGAGUUCAUUUACCCCACCAGUGCCAGCGAUUCGUCGUGCAGUUUUCAAACUUGUUCAUAAACAUGGCUUACACAAGAUUCGAGAACAAGNAAUGGACAAAAGAAUUACUAUCAACCGACACAGGAUUCAGUCGGUUUUGUNAGAUGCGGUGGAAUGGAAGGUGUCUGGAUAUGAUCGCUAGUUGAAACAUUGUUGUUGUAAGAGAUCUUGAA